GUCCAUCAUGGGACAUGGUGUGAAGUAAGAGCCAGUUUCACAGUCCCACAGUCACAGAGCUAAGUUUUCAGCCACCAGAGACGCACUACCGCUACUGUCUGGGAUUCCCAGUUCCUCAGCUAAAGGGCCGUCUGUCCGUCUGACUGACCCGACUUCAUUUUGGCCAAUAGUUUUAUUGGUUUUCCCGAGAGAUUUUGAGAAGAAGGGAAAACAUUCACCAUGCAGUCUUGCGCCAGGUGUGGGUUUGUGGUCUACCCAGCUGAGAAGAUCAACUGCAUUGACCAGAAUUGGCACAAAGCAUGUUUUCAUUGUGAUGUCUGCAAAAUGGUACUCACUCCAAAUAACUUUGUCAGCCACAAGAAGAGGCCAUACUGCUCUGUGCACAAUCCAAGGAACAACACAUUCACAAGCGUCUAUGAGACCCCCAUCAACAUUAACGCAAAGAAGCAAAGUAAGGCCAGCAGUGAGCUGAAGUAUCGCGAAGAUGGCGAACGCUUUAUGUCCACCUUCCACUGUGACACGAGAUCCAUGGAGCUGAAGAAGGCUUGCCUAGCCAAUCAGAUGGCCAGCCAGUCUCAGUCUGAGUUCUCACAGCAGCAGACCUGGUAUUCAGGGAUGGUGAGCAACCAGGAGAUAGUGACAAUGUCCCAGGCACAGAAUACCAUCAGUGAUGUCAAAUACACAGAAGAAUAUGAGCAGUCAAAAGCAAAGGGUAGCUUCCCUGCAAUGAUCACACCGGGCUACCAAACUGCCAAGAAGGCAAAUACCUUAGCAAGUAAUCUGGAAUAUAAAAAAGGACACGAGGAAAGAGUUUCCAAAUACACAACAUUUGUGGACCCCCCUGAGGUGAUUCUGGCCAAGAAACAAGGACAAAUUGUUAGCGAUUAUGCCUACACAGAAGAAUAUGAGCAGCAGAGAGGUAAAGGUAGUUUCCCUGCACACCUUACGCCUGGAUACAAAAUGUCAAAGAAGGCCACUGAGCAGGCCAGUGACAUUAAGUAUCGUCAGAUGUACGAACAGGAGAUAAAGGGGAAAGCCAGCGCUGAAGCGGCUGUUACUGAGAUUGUCCAUGCCAAAGAAAAUGCAGAGAACUUCAGCCAUAUUGCCUAUACUGAAGAAUACGAGCAACAGCGAGGCAAAGGCAGUUUCCCCGCCAUGAUUACGCCUGGUUAUCACCUUGCAAAGAAGGCACAGGAAAUUGCCAGUGAUUUAAAAUACAAGAAAGACUUAAACAAGAUGAAGGGCACGUCACACUUUCACAGUCUGACCUCUGAGGAUAAUCUGGCACUGAAGAACGCACGAAAAAUCAACAAGAUUGUCAGUGAGGUGGAGUAUAAAAAAGACUUGGAGAACAGCAAAGGACACAGCAUCAAUUUCUGUGAGACCCCACAGUUUCAAAAUGCAGCCAAGGUUGCCAAGUUCACCAGUGAUAACAAAUAUAAAGAGAAAUACACUACUGGUAUGAAAGGCCACUAUGAAGACUCGGGUAUUGAUAAGAAGACCAUGCAUGCCAUGAAAGCGAGGAAGCUGGCAAGUGAUAUUACUUAUAAACAAGGCUGUGAGCAGGAGCAGGCUGAAUACAACUACCCGGCCAAUCUUACGCCAGGUUACCAAAGCCAAAGAAAACUGGAUCCACUGAAAGAGAAGAACUACAGGCAGCACAUUGACCAGGUGAAGUACAAGUCAGUGACAGACACACCUGACAUUGUUUUGGCCAAGAAAAAUGCUCAGCUUGUCAGCAACUUAAAUUACAAAGCCGGGUAUGAGAAGACAAAGCAUCAGUACACACUAUCCCAAGACCUGCCCCAAAUCCAAAAAGCCAAAGCCAAUGCUGCUUUGUGUAGCGAUAUUAAAUAUAAAGAGGAGUGGGAGAAGACAAAGUUUAAAGCUUGUGAAAUUGGUGUGGACGAUCUGAGCGUCAAAGCAGCCAAGGCCUCCCGAGACCUUGCAAGUGACAUUAAAUACAAAGAGAGUUACAUGAAGAACAAGGAGAAGGCUGUGGGGGUCAACGUGAGCGACUCCAAGACUCUGCACUCUCUGCAAGUGGCUAAGAUGAGCAGUGAUAUUGAAUACAAGAAGGGCUCUAAAGAGAGCCAGGCCCAGUACAGCCUUCCUCUGGACAUGAUCAACCUAAGCCAUGCCAAGAAGGCCCAGGCACUCGCCAGUGACCUGGAGUAUCGCACAAAGCUCCACGACUACACAGUCAUGGCAGAUGACAUCAAGGUCCAGCAGGCCAAAAAGGCUUAUGCCCUCCAAAGUGAGAACCAGUAUCGUUCAGACUUGAACUGGAUGAAAGGAGUGGGCUGGGAGACCGAAGGAUGUCUCAACAUCACUCAGGCAAAGAAAGCUGGAGAGCUGCUUAGUGAUACCAAAUACCGUCAGAAGGCAGACAGCAUCAGGUUCACCCAGGUGGCUGAUGAUCUCUCCAUCAAGCACGCAAAGAAAAGCCAGGAACUGCAGAGCGAUUUGGCCUACAAAGCAAACACAGAGCAGAUGCUGCACCAGUACACCAUCACAAAGGACGAACCUCUUUUCAGACAAGCAAAGGCUAACGCGGACCUUCUCAGUGCAAAAGUGUACAAGAGCAACUGGGAGAAGCAGAGGGAAAAGGGCUUUGAGCUCCGUUUGGACUCCCUAUCUAUACUCACAGCAAGAGCCAAGAGAGACCUGGCUAGUGAUGUGAAAUACAAAGAGACGUAUGAGAAAAACAAAGGCAAGAUGAUUGGCAUUAAAGCGGUCAGUGAGGAUUCUCAGAUGGCUCACUCCACUCUGGCCACCAAACUACAGAGUGAUCGCCACUACAAAAAGAACUACGAGGACACUAAGACCAAAUACAGUGUUUCCCUGGAUAUGCUGAACAUCAGCCAUGCCAAGAAGGCUCAAGACCUGGCAACUGAGACCAAUUAUAGGACUAUACUCCAUGAAUACACUACUCUGCCAACUGACAUUAAUGUUGCCUGGGCGAAGAAGGCUUAUGGACUACAAAGCGAUAAACAGUAUAGGUCAGAUUUGAACUGGAUGAAGGGCGUUGGCUGGGAGGCCUCGAAAUCUCUGGAUGUCCUGCAAGCAAAGAAAGCUGGGGAGCUGGUCAGCGAG